GCGCGAGUCGGUGCUCGGCGCGGCGCGGCGCGGCGGGGUUGUGGCCGUCAGUCGUCGGGUGAGCGGGGUGCGACGCAAACGCGGACUCGGACUAUGGCGGAAGGGCUGAUCCUCAUUCCCAUAAAAGGGUCGAGUUGAUUGUGGUGUGGAUACGUUUGGUCCCCCUGCGCUCGUCACAAAAUCUGCGGAACAGAAAAUAAAAAUGGAUCAUAAAAUGUAAAAACGACUAUUGUUGUUAUUUUAUAGAAUUGUUCUUGGAACAAGAGAAAAAAUACUUAUGUAUACAUUAUAGAUUGUUGAAAUAUUAGAUGAAAAAUUCUAGAGGGUGAAUAUAUUCCUAACUAAGAAGUGAUUAUACAGGCAAAAUGGCUUCACAAAGGUUCUGCUUGAGGUGGAAUAACCACCAAUCGAAUAUGCUGUCUGUAUUUGACCAACUACUUCACGCUGAGACCUUCACGGACGUUACUCUAGCAGUAGACGGCCAGCUACUAAAAGCCCACAAAAUGGUACUAUCAGCCUGCAGUCCGUACUUUCAGGCUCUCUUCGUCAACCAUCAGGAAAAACAUCCGAUCGUCAUUUUAAAAGACGUUCCUUAUUCAGACAUGAAGAGUUUAUUAGAUUUCAUGUACCGAGGGGAAGUGAGCGUCGACCAAGAACGAUUGACGGCAUUCUUAAAAGUAGCCGAAAGCUUGAGAAUAAAAGGACUCACUGAAGUAAACGAAGAAAAAUGUGAUAUCCCAGCUCUUACAAAUUCUUUAAUUCAACAACAGCAACAAACUUCUGCCUCCGCCCACACCCCUCCACCCCAACUUCACCGAAUACACCCCUACAUGCAACAAAAGAGACCAGCUUCAGGCAUGCCAACUGGUGGAGCACCCCCAAAUUUAUUAAUGCCUUUGCUCGGAAAUGCACUAAUGCAGCCUAAAAGAAAAAGAGGCAGGCCGAGAAAAUUAAGCGGCAGUUCGAGUGAUGCCCUGACCACCGCUGCGAGUCCACCUGGAGAGUUCAUACCCGAGUCAGCCUCCCACGCUGCUUCCAACAGGCCUGGUGAUCAGUUAAUUAGAGGAUCGCCAGAAAUGCUUGAAGUGAAAAUGUCCAUGGACGGUUUCAGUGCUGAGGACGGCGCAACAUCGGGGGGCGAGGAGGCCGGGGAGGCGCUGCUUAUCGACGAGGGCGACGACGCGCACUCCACGGACGCGCAGGUGGCAGGGAAGGACUCGGAGUCUGCAGGGCGGGCAUCUCCAGAUUCAGAACAUAAAGAUGUAAGGUAUGUCCAUUCUCCGACGAACGACGGGCACGGAAAGAUCCGCGUGAACCCGGCCACGCAGACGGCGUCGACGUCGGGCGACGGCGCGUACGCCGAGCCGCUCAACAACAACCAGGCGCGGCCCGCCGUGCGACGCCGCAUCCGCCGCCGCGCCAAUUCCGCCUCCAACGACCCCGCCGAGCAACUCACCGAGAUGUCCGUCAGAGGGCUCAAUCUUUUUAGAUACGCUUCCGUUAACGAAGGGGUGUACCAAUGCACCGAAUGUGCCAAGGAGAACAUACAAAAAACUUUCAAAAAUAAGUAUUCAUUCCAGAGGCACGCUUUCCUUUACCACGAAGGGCAGCAGAGAAAAGUGUUUCCGUGUCCCGUCUGUUGCAAAGAAUUCUCUAGACCGGACAAGAUGAAAAACCAUAUGAAGACCACCCACGAUUGUUACGUGCCAAAAGACUGCGUGUAUCCGCCGAAUGCGUACUUCAUGUUGCCGGGGAUGGAGGCGCAGCUGCCGCCCGGCAUCAAGCUGGAGGCACUGGGCGGUGCGCCGCACUCGUCGCCCGACCCCGCGCAGGUCUGACGCGCACGCUACUCCCCCCCCCCCCCCCCCCUCCCGCACACCCAGCGAGCGCCGUGCGAAUACCUACUGAUACUGAGCGCAUUUAAUCCAUCUUUUUAUCUCGGCUAAGUAUUAACAUUACGUAUCUAUCAAUUCCACAUAAAUUUUCAUUAUGCCUCGAAAAUCAAUUUUCACAUAGGUAGUUUCCUAAUGUUUUGAUUAUAUAUGUAUAAGAAAUUCAGAGUUCAAUAGAAGUAGUUAUUUAUUCUAUUUUUUGAGUAAAAUUUUAAUGUACACUUUUACUAAGUGCAUUACUUACUUGACUAAACUUUGUUUUCCAAUCAUACUGUUAUGCAUUUAAUAUCUAAUGUUCGUUACAUAAAGAUUAUACUUGUUAAAAAUUACGGUUGUGCAAAUUAUUAGUAGACAAUAAUUGUUUGAGGCCAGUUUCGCAAUAAUAGCAAAAGCGAGUUAUUGUAAAAAUAAAUGUGUAAGUAAAUAGCAUUAUGUAAUGGGUGCUGUACAAGUCUGAUUCGUGCCUUCCAUGCAUGCAGUUCUGCAACCACACACUGAUGCGAACAUUCCAUGUUCGGUCAGUGUCGUAGCUCUGGAAUAUAUAAGUACUAGGUAUGAUACCGUAAGACAUAAC